CCAAACUUUUUAGCAAAACAGAAAAAGUUGAAUCAGGAUACUGAGAAUACUGAAGAUAGAAAUCAAUAGAAUGUCAGUAUCGCCUACAGAGGAGCAAGUGCUUGAGCUUGCGCUCCGGAUCCGGAAAGGCAGUCCCGAGCUCGGCGUCGCGAAACUGCUCAUCUCGAUCAAGGCUCUCGAGCCUGAAUGGAUGCUGUCGCUCGCCAGGCUGAAGACAAUUCUCCGCUCGCAGUCAGCCGGGCAUGCGGACGCCGUGCCUGCGUCGUACUCGAUACCGGAAGCCGUCAAGCCAAAGCUCUACGUCGACCAGACCGUCUCAGGACCGGUGCCUAACCUCUCGCUCCCGCCCACCGUCGAUGUGUUUGUCUCUACGACCCGUGGAAAGGGUCUGGAAGCAAAGACCGCGAUCCCGGCCACCACCACGAUCUGGACCGAGCCUGCGCUGGUGCUGAUCCCGCCUGUCUCGCUCGCGCAGAUGAUCCCCUCCGGACAAGCAUGCUCCUUCUGCGCGCGCCCGCUGUCGUCCGCCUCCGCAGCGCUGAUUGCGUCAUGCUCUACCUGCAGCGGCCGGUGGUGCUCCUCGCGGUGCCGCAAGGCUGACAAGCUGCACAAGCACAUCCGGCACGGACGGUACACCGCCGAGUGGGUCGCGAUCGAGCAGUACGCUGCUGAAGCGCAGUGGAGCGCCGUCUAUCUCUACUCGUACGCAGUCGCUGCCGCGAUCUUUGACGACGGCACGGGCGUCGAUAUCAAGGCCGGCAUCGACGGCUUGGCCAAGAUCAGCCAGGAGAUCAGACAAAAGGCCGAUCCACAGAUCGAGCAGAACAUUUUUGCGCUGGACAAUUUCGAUAUACUAUGGCACGAUGGUUACAAAGUUGUCAACAACUUUUUCAAAAACUUCCCGUCCCCGCCUACGUACGACGAUUUCCUGGCCGGUAUCGGCAUGGUCAACAUCAACAACCUCGACGGCAGUAUAUACCUCCUCCAAUCUCACCUCAACCACAGCUGCGAGCCCUCGGUCGACGUCAAGAUCGUCAGUCGCACGACCGGCGUCAAAGUCACCGCGAAACGCGACCUGGCAAAGGGCGAGGAACUGACGACCACCUACGUCGACCGCAGACUCGAUCUCAAAACCAGACGGGAUCAGCUACUUGAAGGAUGGGGAUUCUGGUGCACUUGCCCGCGCUGCUUGCGAGAGGAGAAUCCGGUCGCAUCCGCGCCCGUGGCGGAAGAGGCAGCUACGAAAGUCGAUGCUGCCGCAGACGGCACAGACGAGGUCGCCGACCGGAUAGCGGAUCUCGACGUCUCCACCAGCAGUAACUCGAAAAAGAAAAAGAAAAACUCAAAGUCGAAAAAGAAGGCGGCGAAGGAGGAACCGGUGCGACUACGAAAGAAAUCCGUCACCUUUGACGAGACCGUUGUACAGAUUGAGAUUUAGAAACAGUUUUGGCGCUGCUUCUGAUGUAUAUAUAAUAAACCAAUAAUUCUAUUCGAG